GAUACAUGUGACAAUCAAAUACUCUCGACUCUUGAGAAGUGGAGAGUUUACACGCCCACACUCCUGGCGUAUGGGAGUCAUUUUGAAAACUGAAACUUGGUUUUUUCCCCAUAAAGGACGGGGGAAAUCCGGAAUGUGCGCUUCCAUGCUUCUAAAGUAGCCAAAUUGCGACGAAUGGUCCAGAGAUUCGUUGAAAACAAACCUGGGCCGAAACUGACGGGACUCGGUGUCCCAUCUGAUACUGUCUCAAACUUCACGGAUCGCCUGUCUUCCUGGAGCAAAGAAAACAGCAAAGGACGAGUGGAGGAAGGAACUGCAGAUGUUGGUUUAAACCGAAAAUAGACACAAAAAGCUGGAGUAAUUCAGCGGGUCAGGCAGCAUCUCAGGAGAAAAGGAAUAGAUGAUCUUUCGGGUCGAGACCCUUCUUCAGACCCUUUCUUCAAAGAACGAGUAACAGGAUGCUUGCACUGCCCUGGAUGUUUUUUCUAAUAUUCACCAUAUCUGAAAUGAGAAAUGGAGACAUUACUGAAGGAUACGAGAUUGACAGAUGUCUGCAGUUUGAAUCGACGAUGAUCUUUGUCCUUGAAGGGGAACAUGCCCGCUUGAGAUGCCGGUUGUGCAAUGGAUCCAGUCCAAUUGAAACAAGUGACCUUCAAACACAUGGAUUUACUGUCUCUUGGUUUAAAUACAAUGCUAAACGUGACCAUUCGGAACUCUUAAACAAAGGGUCCAGAAUUUCUAUUCAAGGACCCUUGUUAGGAUUUUGGCCUGCAACUUUCAAUGACACUGGAAGAUAUUUUUGUUCUCUUUUCAAUGGAACUCACAAUGUUACAGGUCCAAACGAAAUUUUGGAUGUUACCCCGGUAAGUGAUGGAUGUUACAGUGAAGAAAUAGAAUAUAGUCGGAGUGGAGUAAUUGGAGCAUCAAUUGAAUUGCCUUGUCCACACAUGGAAGAGUACAAGAAUAAUAUAGAAGAUUUGAAAUGGUAUAAGGAUUGUCAGAAGAAUGUUCACACAGGAUCAUCACUGUUCUUUGGAAGUCUAGAAAAGGAAAAUGCUGGACAUUACACUUGUAUACUCACCAUUCGCCAUCGUGGAAUACAGUACAAUGUUACAAGGACAUUGAAAUUGAAAUUGGAAGAACCUUCUGUUGCACCGAAAUUGGUUUACCCACAUCAAGAACACAUUGAAGUCACACUAGGAGAAAGAAGAAUAAUUAAUUGCACAGUUUAUGCUGGCCCCAAAAGUAAACGGGACGUGAUGCUAACUUGGCUCUUCAGAAAAACCUAUGUGACCACCUGUAAGGGAAUGGAGCCAGUCUGUAAAGAUUCCCGGAGAGAGACAACUACAGAAAACGGAAUAUAUAUUGUAAGACCAUUGGUAUUUACCCAAGUUACCAAAGAGCAUCUGAAUCAAUAUUUCAACUGUGUUUUGCGUGUAACAUCAGAGCAGGAGACAAUGGGAUACAUCUUUCUCCAGGAGAAAGGCAAAAGCAGUGUGCAGCGAACUGUUAAAUAUUUAAUUUCCAUUAUUGUUGUGCUAAUCGCUCUGGCAAUGGUUUGUGUGCAUUUCAAUGUACAAAUUGCCCUUUGCUUCAGGGACCUGACUGGUAGAGAUGAAACUCUUGGAGAUAGUAAAGAAUAUGAUGCAUAUAUAUUACUCCUUAAGAGUGAUGAGAUCCUCCUUAAUGCUAAUGAAGAACAACAAUUUGCUUUUGAGCUGUUACCUGCAAUUCUAGAAGAAAAAUGUGGUUAUCGCUUAUGCAUAUUUGAACGUGAUAUUCUCCCCGGAGAAGCAUCUGCAGAAAGUAUACUUUUUUAUAUUAACAAAUGCCGAAGAUUAAUUAUAAUUCUCAGUAAAGACUAUGUGGAUGAUGAUUUCAAAUCCACAUACGAAUUGGUGACUGGGCUGCAUCAGGUAUUGGUUGAAAGACAAAUAAAACCAAUACUAAUUGAAUUCAAGCCUAUAAACAACACAAAGUCAUUCCCAGAGUCACUUCAGCUUCUUCUAAAAUCAAAAAGAACAGUGAAGUGGAGAGGAAAUAAAUCUGAAUACAAACAUUCUUAUUUCUGGAAGAAGCUACGAUACUUGAUGCCAGCAAAAGGUCGCCGGGUUCAAGCUGGGAAUCAAUAAUUUAUGGUUUCGGAAAUCAAAGUUUUAUUUUUGCAUGUCCAUUCAGGCAUGCUGUUAUUACAUCUUUUCCAGGCUUAAAUCAAUCUGCAAUUGUACCGUGUGGCAAAAUACGUGCUGCAGUGGUACGAGAAGAUUCUACCAGCAGUGCCAAAGAGGCGUUUAACAAAAUGGCAAUAAAAAAUUGGUGCAUUUAUUUGUGUUAAUUAAAAUCUACUUUUUGUUUAUCUAAUUAAGAAUGUUAUCAGGCAACUGAACAAUUCUUUCAUCAGCUAGUGUGCAGUCCUGACUUUUCAUCACCUCAUUGAAGACCUUUGAACUUUCUUUAAUCGGACUUCAAUGUUAUAUCUUUGCACUAAAUUUGUAUCCCUUUAUCCAAGAUGGCGGCGCCUCACGGCAGCGGCCACUGCAAUCCAACUCUUUUUUUUUGUCCUGUUAGGUGUAUG